AUGGAUGUCAAUUCCUUCCAUCAUCAGUGCAUCGAUCGUCUUGCUAACGGUUUUGCUAUUGACACAAUGUCUCCUGAUGGUAUAAUUGAAUCAAUCCACAAGAAAGAAGGAAGCUUCGUUUUUGGUACACAGUUCCAUCCAGAAAUGUUUGUAGUUUGCUCAGAUUCGUUCCUUCCAGUAUUCUCUAGACUUGUUACUGAAGGCAAGAAAUAUCUUUCAAGCAAGUAA